AAAGCGGAAGUGACGUCACGCGGCGACGCUGAACAACAGCACAGACAAAGCAGCAUCUUUGGCCCUGCUGGACUUCAGCCUCUCUUUACAGACUUCUCUACAAGGUUCACAGUGAGCAGGAUGGCAGCAGAUUGGUUGGGCAGUGUUGUGUCUAUAAACUGCGGGCUGACGCUGGGAGUUUACCAGGGAGAGGUGUCAUCUGUUGAUGGAGCCAGUCAAACCAUCUCCCUGAAACAGCCCUAUCAUAACGGAGUCAGGUGUCCUGUUCCUGAGGUCACAUUCAGUGCCAUGGAUAUCAAGGAACUAAAGUUCCUAGAUAUUCAGAACACAGUCAGCAAACCCAGCUCCAGGCAUGGAAGCACAACGGAGCCUGACUUCAUAUCAGCAGGACAUCAUACCCAGAGUAACAGAACAUCUCACAGCCAUGCAACAACAAGCAGGCUUCAUUCCAUCACAGCUCCAAUCUCCAUCCCACGCAGAGGUUCAUCUAACAGCAGAGGAGUGACAGUCCCCUCACAAAAGAGGAACUGUGUGAGAAACGGAGGUUCCGGGGGGUCAGUGAGAUCAAAAGACGAGGAGUGCUUUGGUGACGGGACGAACGAAGACCUGGACACGGACUUUGACUUCGAGGGAAACUUGGCUUUGUUUGACAAGGCUGCCAUUUUCUCCCAGAUUGACGGAAGCAAUGGUCACAAGGCACAGCACCACAGCACCCAGACUGAACUAAAACCCCAGUCCUAUCGCCACGAUGAAAACAUUCUGGAGGGGAAACCUGUUGUUUACAAACAGAUAACCGUACCACAGCAUGGGGGCAAAGAUUACUGCACUGAUGCAGGCCUGGUUGUUCCCAGCAUUCCCUAUAAGCUUCAUAAGCGCCUGUUGGAGACUGCCGAGCGCUGGGGYCUGACUCUGGAGCGCAGGCUAGAGAUGAUUGGAGUUUGUUCCAGUCAGAUGGCUCUCUCACUGCUUGGUGGACCAAACAGGCUCACUCCAAAAAACGCUCACCAGAGGCCCGCAGUCGUGGUCCUGUGUGGGCCCCACACUCAAGGAGCCCAUGGCAUCAGCUGCGGUAGACACCUGGCCAAUCAUGAAGUGGACGUUGUUUUGUUCCUGCCCAGCUUUGUCAAGAUGGAGGAUUCAGUCACCAGUGAAGUUCGCCUCUACAGCAGGACGAGUGGUCUGCUGGUGGCCAGUGUCAGAGAACUACCAGCAAGUCCCGUCGAUCUGGUCAUCAACUGCCUCGACGGCCAUGAGAACCCACUGUUGAAGGAGCAGUCCUGGUACCAGUCAGCUGCUGACUGGGCCAACAGGAAUCGAGCUCCAGUCCUGAGCAUCGACCCACCAGUCAGCGAGCAGCCUCCGACAGUGGAAGCAAAGUGGACCCUGUCUGUGGGUCUUCCACUACCGUUAGCAGAGAACGAGAGCAGACUCUACCUCUGUGACGUCGGCAUCCCCAAGCUGGUCUACUUAGAAGUUGGCAUUAGCUAUCACUCACCGUUUGGAUGCAAGUUUGUCAUCCCUCUUCACCCAGCAUAGGAAUUUCCAGUAUUAUUUGCUUAUUUAUUUAUUAGUGAGUCAAAUGUAUUGCACGUGUUAGGGCAGCUAUGGGACAGAAACAUGUCUUUUGUAGCAAUUUUUAUAAAAGGUUUUGACACAUUUGUGAUCGUCUACCAGAUAAAUGAACUAUGUGAGCAUGUUUGCAUGCAACAUGUCUUAUUUUUGUAAGGAAACUUUCUGGUUCUUUCCCAUCUUUUGAUAACCCCUCUAUGCUGAUGUGAUUAUAUUUAUAACAUGCUGUGGUCAGUGAAAGCAACACACAGUUCCUGUUUCCAUUCGAUUUCAGCUGGACAAAGUUUAAAGGUGUCUGCUGAUGCACAUUCAGUAAUUUUCUAAAGUUCGUGUUGAUGUUUCUGUCGGGUUUUUUUUUUGAGCCAUUUCAAUCCUCACAAAAAGGUGCUUUUUGUCAAGUACUGUAAUGUUGUAGCACCUGUACUACUGCUGCAAAUGUUCUAUGGAAUCAAUGUGUUUGUGUUUAUUUUUAUACACCUCAGGAACAAACCUUGUAAAAAGCUACAUGUGUGUUUGGACAUUAUUUGAACUGUUUGAAGCACAAAAAUUAAGUAUAAAAUGAGAAAUCAGACAUUCCUACAGGA